CAUAGUACAGUUCUCAGCUAAAGAUGUCCGACAAUGCUGAGUCUCCAACAGAAACACAGAAAGAAGAACUACAUUCACCGUCAGAAAACUCCGCGACCAGUGAAGAGAAGAAAAAAAUUGAUGUGCUGUUGAAGGCUGUGGGAGACACUCCUAUAAUGAAAACAAAGAAGUGGGCAGUGGACAGGGGGAGGACGGUACAGUCCCUCGCUCAAUUCAUUUCUCGCUUCCUCAAACUUGAUGCCAAUGAACAACUGUUCAUAUAUGUUCAUCAGUCAUUUGCACCAUCGCCAGAUCAGGAAGUGGGAGUCCUCUUUGAUUGCUUCAGCAGCGACGGGAAGCUAGUUCUGCAUUAUUGUAAAUCUCAAGCCUGGGGUUAACUUCUUCUUUCGAUAUUUACUGUCUCAGUUUGUAUGUAAAUACACUGUAAAUAAAUAAUUGUAAACAUUU